UGAUUCUUUAUUCUAAUGCUGAAAAGAACUAAUAAAAAUAAUCACUUGGCUUUUAAGCAGAAAGCUUCCAUUUACAGUAUUUCACCCUUACCCCGCCCCCUUCCAAGCCCCUUGUUAUCUAACAUAAUGGUUAGAAUACAUUUCCGUCUCUCCCCUUAAUAAUUUCAUGCAUUAACAUCCCUUUCACACACUAAACACACACACGCGCGCGCGCCCGCGCGCGCACGCACACACACACACACACACAGCAAAAGGAAAAAAGAGGCAGCAGAAAUCUCAGCUGUACUUCUAGCCCUUUUAAAAAGUUUGCUCUGUAAAUUGGAAUGAGGUCAGAUUUGGAGCUUCUCAUUGCACGCGGAGAUUAUUAUUGCAUCGGGUUCCAAGCCAAUGGGAAGCCCGGGGGCGGGGCUUGGCAUGAGGAAGCGUUGGUUACAGCGGCUGAUUGGCUGCAGCCGAGACUGUGAAAGGAUAAAGAGGCGCGAGGCGGAAUUGGGGUCUGCUCUAAGCUGCAGCAAGAGAAACCGUGUGUGAGAGGAAGAGGCCUGUCUCGCUCGCGGGUCUCUAGUUCUUGCAAGCUCUUUAAGAGUCUGCACUGGAGGAACUCUUGCCAUUACCAGCUCCCUUCUUGCAGAAGGGAGGGGGAAACAUACAUUUAUUCAUGCCAGUCUGUUGCAUGCAGGCUUUUUGGCUUCCUACCUUGCAACAAAAUAAUUGCACAAACUCCUUAGCGCCGAUUCCGCCCACAGAGAGUCCUGGAGCCAGAGUCUUUUUUGCUUUGCAUGGUAGGAGAGGGACUAAGUGGUAGAGAGACUAUGUCGCUUUCCUGAGCUACCGAGAGCGCUCGCGAACUGGAAUCAGCUGCUUCAGGGGGAAAAACACACGCACACACACACACACACACACACACACACAACACACGACUUGCCUGGGAGGCCGCGAGAAACUUGCAUUGGAAGCUUCGGCAACCAGCAUUCGAGAAACUCCUCUCUACUUUGGCACGGUCUCCAGACUCAGCCGAGAGACGGCAAACUGCAGCGCGGUGAGAGACUCUCCAGCCUGGGAACUAUAACUCCUCUGCGAGAGGCGGAGAACUCCUUCCCCGCAUCCUUGGGGGACUUUUCUCUCCUCGCGCUCCUCCGCCCCUGCGAGGAGUUGAGGGGCCGGUUCGGCCGCCGCUCGGCGUGUGCUUGGCCCGGGGAGCCGGGAGGGCCCGGCGAUCGCGCCGCGGCCGCCGCGAGGGUGUGAGCGCGCGUGGGCGCCCGCCGAGCCGGGGCCAUGGUGCAGCAAACCAACAAUGCCGAGAACACGGAAGCGCUGCUGGCCGGCGAGAGCUCGGACUCGGGCGCCGGCCUGGAGCUGGGCAUCGCCUCCUCCCCCACGCCCGGCUCCACCGCGUCCACGGGCGGCAAGGCCGACGACCCGAGCUGGUGCAAGACCCCGAGCGGCCACAUCAAGCGGCCCAUGAACGCCUUCAUGGUGUGGUCGCAGAUCGAGCGGCGCAAGAUCAUGGAGCAGUCGCCCGACAUGCACAACGCCGAGAUCUCCAAGCGGCUGGGCAAACGCUGGAAGCUGCUCAAAGACAGCGACAAGAUCCCUUUCAUCCGAGAGGCGGAGCGGCUGCGCCUCAAGCACAUGGCUGACUACCCCGACUACAAGUACCGGCCCAGGAAGAAGGUGAAGUCCGGCAACGCCAGCUCCGGCUCCUCCGCCGCCGCCGCCUCCAAGCCGGGGGACAAGGGAGACAAGGUCGGUGGCAGCGGCGGGGGCGGCGGCGGCGGCGGCGGCGGGAGCGGCCACGCGGGGGGAGGAGGCGGCGGUGCGAGCGGCGGCGGCGCCCCCUCCAAGCCCGCGCAGAAGAAGAGCUGCGGCUCCAAGGCGGCGGGCGGCGCGGGCGGCGGGGGCGGCAAACCGCACGCCAAGCUCAUUCUGGCGGGCGGCGGCGGCGGGAAAGCAGCAGCGAACGCCGCCUUCGCCGCCGACCAGGCGGGGGCCGCCGCCCUGCUGCCCCUGGGCGCCGCGGCCGCCGCCGACCACCACGCGCUGUACAAGGCGCGGACUCCCGGCGCCUCGGCCUCCUCGGCGGCCUCGGCCUCCGCCGCGCUGGCGGCCCCGGGCAAGCACCUGGCGGAGAAGAAGGUGAAGCGCGUCUACCUGUUCGGCGGCCUGGGCGCGGCGGCGGCGUCGCCCGUGGGCGGCGUGGUCGCGGGCGCCGACCCCAGCGACCCCCUGGGCCUGUACGAGGAGGGGGGCGCGGGCUGCUCGCCCGACGCGCCGAGCCUGAGCGGCCGCAGCAGCGCCGCCUCGUCCCCCGCCGCCGGCCGCUCGCCCGCCGACCACCGCGGCUAUGCCAGCCUGCGCGCCGCCUCGCCCGCCCCGUCCAGCGCGCCCUCGCACGCGUCGUCCUCGGCCUCGUCCCACUCGUCGUCGGCCUCCUCCUCGGGCUCCUCGUCCUCCGACGACGAGUUCGAAGACGACCUGCUCGACCUGAACCCCAGCUCAAACUUUGAGAGCAUGUCCCUGGGCAGCUUCAGCUCGUCGUCGGCACUGGACCGGGACCUGGAUUUUAACUUAGAGCCCGGCUCCGGCUCGCACUUCGAGUUCCCGGACUACUGCACGCCCGAGGUGAGCGAGAUGAUCUCGGGAGACUGGCUGGAGUCCAGCAUCUCCAACCUGGUGUUCACCUACUGACGGGCGCGCGGGCAGGGAGGAGGAGGGCCGGGGGGUCGGAGAGGAGAAAAAAAAAGAAAAAAAGAAGAAAAAAGAAACGAAAAGGACAGACGAAGAGUUGAAAGAGAAAAGGGAGAAAAAAAGGAAAAGAAAAAAAAGUGAGCAGUGCUGGCUUCUGCCGCGUCCCCGUCGUCGGAGAGGAGCGCGGCGGCGUUUUGGACCCGCGCUCCCAUCCCCCACCUUCCCGGGCCGGGGACCGACCCUGCCCAGCCGGAGGGACGCGGGGGAGGCGGAGGGUAGACAGGGGCGACCUGUGAUUGUUGUUAUUGAUGUUGUUGUUGAUGGAAAAAAAAAAAAAA